AUGCACUCUCUGUCUCCCUGCCAGGCUUACCUGCGAGCGGUCGAUGUGAAGAUCCUGCAGCAGCUGGUGGUGGUGAACGAGGGCAUCGAGGCGGUGAAGUGGCUGCUGGAGGAGAGGAGCACGCUGCCCAGCCGCUGCAGCAGCCUGACCAGCAGCCAGUACAGCCUGGUGGAGAGCCAGGCAGCCUCACGGCGGGGCAGCUGGGACAGCCUGCAGGACCCCAACGACAGGCUGGACAGCAUCUCCCUUGGUAGCUACCUGGACACUCUGGCUGAUGACAUGGAUGAAUAUUCCCAAAACGCUGCUGAAACCACCGUUGCAUCCAUGCCAGGCAGAGCCCUGGUCAGGGCAGAGCAGGAUUGGGUCAGGAUCGACCCUGAGAGGGGUCUUGCAAAGCAAGAAAGGGGCAGAGCGGAGCACGAGUGGCCCCACGGGGACUUCUCCCCACCCGGGCUGCCCCAGGAUCACCGGAUUGCUAAGGAGCCGCAGGUGGCCAAUGGGUAUUUGGGCCAGCAGCCCUCCUCUUUGGAACCAGGCAGAGACACCAAAUUACCUUUAGGAGCUGGGGAGAGGCUGGGGAAGGGGAACCUGGGUGGGAAGGCUCGGAAAGCUGAGGCUGACUUGGAGAACUGCAAACUCAACAGCAAACUGCACCUGGAGUAUGAUGCCCACUGGCGCUGGCUCCAGUCUCAGGAUGAUGUGACAUUCUUGUAG